CUCACAGCUACAUCCGAAAUCUCUGUGAUACAUUUUCAGUGUUAUUUGGGGAAAAUAUGGAAAUAACCAAGACAUCUGGGAUGAGGGACGCGGUCCUUGUACUCUUACUGUCUGUUCUUCAGGGAUUUCGACUUGUGGAUGCCGUUCCAAACCCAUCACCUCUCCUGGGAUCCAACUGGGGGAAUCCGAGAAGAUACGUACACCUGCAGACGUCUUCAGACGUGAACAAUUUCUACCUUGAGAUCCGUUUAAAUGGCCACGUGCGCAAAACUACACUUCGAAGCUCAUACAGUGUGAUUGUAUUGAAGGCGGAAACAAGAGAGCGCGUGGCGAUACUUGGAGUCAAAAGUAACCGCUACCUUUGCAUGGAUGCCCUGGGAAACCCCUUCAGCUCUACUGUUUGCCACAAGGAAGACUGUCUUUUUAACCACAAGUUAUUGGAAAACCACCGCGACGUGUACUACUCUUGCAGAACUGGUAUUCUGCUCAACUUGGAAGGGAUAAAGCAAGUGUUCACGGUGGGUCAGAAUCUACCGCAAACCUCCCUCUUCCUAUCGGAGAAGAACACGGUGCCACUGGAGCGCCUCUUGCACCGGGAGAAGAGAAACCGGGUGGUUGACCCUUCUGAUCCGUACAACAUGCUGGGGCAGACGGAGGAGGACGAGGACUCCCGGGCUAUGCCGGAGCUGGAUGACACCUUGGAGAUGGACCAGGAGGCUGAACUCCCCGAGGGACGCAACAUCUCCAGGGAGACCCCCCAAUCUCCCUCCGACGACCCGUGGAACGUGCAUUCCCUAAACCCCCCUCCCAGCCCCCGUAUAAUGAAUGCAAUGGUGGGAUAAGAGGACAGGACACUUGCCGUUGUACACCUGGUUUUAAGAAUAUAAAUUGUGUGCGCGUUCACGUUGGAUCUUUUCCAGCUGGUCUGGAAACAAACCCCAACUAUUACACCUGUGAAAGUCUGACCGUGACAGGCUUAUUAUAGCAUAUUAGUCAUUUGUAUAUAGUCAUAAGACGGAAUAUUGUAUUUUGUUCAUUUUUCACUAUAGCACAGUAGCUAGUGGGUAUAUAACUAUUGGUUUCCGUGCUUUUUAAUUCUAGGACGCAAAUUCUGCACGAGUGCGCUCUGUUUACGGGAUGGAUUCUUAUGAGAAUCAUGCUGAAACCCGAAAUAUUUGUGCGUCUUCUUCGAAGAAAAAAAGUAAGUUGAGCUGAAGUCACUUUAUUAAAUGUUUUACAAUGUAAGAAGCCUACAAGAAAAUACUCGGGUUAUCAAAUCAAAUCAAGCUUUAUUUAUACAGCACAUUUCAGACAUGGAACGCAACACAAUGUGCUUUACAGGAAAAAACAUUGUAAAAAAAAACUAUGAAAAUAGAAGCUGAAAUAUUUACUAAACAACAAACAUGAGAUAAAAAACAAAAGAUGACACAAACUGAACAACAAAAAAAGGACCCCAAUGAAAAGCAAAGCUAAAAUAUGUGUUUUAAGAUAUCUUUUAUAUAUGUCCACAGUUGAUCUCUUUUAAAUAUGUCCACAGUUCCGGCCCCUCUCAGGUUGUCUGGCACGCCUCUCCAUGCUUCUUAGUCCUAGGCUUUGGGAUAGUUAAAAUGCCAGUGCCAUUGGACCUGAGGGCCUUAACAUAAAAGUAUGUCUAACAUGAAUUGAGGUGCACAAUCGUGGAUAGAUUUAAAAACCAAUAGAAGAAUCUUAAAAUGAAUUCUAAAACUCACAGACAGCCAGUGCAGAGACCUUUAAAAUUGGUGUAAUGUGUACUCUCCGUCUGGUCUUGGUCAGUAGCCGUGAUGCAGCAUUCUGUAUGUUUUGCAGUUGACCAUUACAGUUGUAGCAUUACAGUAGUCAAGCCUGCUUGAAAUAAAAGCAUGGAUGAGUCUCUCUAUCAGUCUGAGUGAGAAACGGGCGCACCUUGGCAAUAAUCAUCACAUGGUAAAAAAGCUAUUUUAGUCACAUUCCUAAUGUGUGAUUUGAAAUUUAGUUCAGAAUCUGAAAGAACAUCGUUUUUUUUACCUGGUUGUUUUAUCUUUAUUGCCCGUGAAUUAAAAUGUGUGGCUAGAUUCUCUCUCUGGGCUUUGGCUCCAACAAUAAGUACCUCAUUCUUCUCUUGAUUUAGCUGGAGGAAGUUGUGAGCCAACCAAGUAUUUAAAUAAUAAUUUAUACGUGUAGCUAAAAUCCUCUGGUGACACAGAAAUGUAAAGUUGUGUAUCGUCUGCGUAGCAGUGAAAAUCAAUUCUGUGCUUUCUGACGGUGCCAAGGGGUAGCAUAUAUAAACUGAACAGUACCAGACCCAAAAUCAAACGUUGUGGAACCACAUGAUAUGUAUUUUCUCAGAGUUUUGUUCACCUAGGGUGACAAAGAACUCUUGACCAGUUAAAUAGGUCCUAAACCAAUAUAGAACUGGACCUGAGAGGCCAACCCACCUCUCCAGUCUGUCCAGAAAGACAUCAUGGUCAACAGUGUCAAACGCAGCACUUAAAUCUAAGAGUACAAGGACAGAUUAUGAUGAUGAAACUUAAACAUAUUCCAUAUAGAAUUAGGUCUACUACAAUGUUUAAUAUGCCAGUACGCCUACAUGUUAUAGGCCAUUUAAUUUAAAACGUCAAUGAAUGGUAGGCCUACAACCUACAGGGUAUCAGAACACAUAGAAAGUAUAGGUUGGGGAUAGGUGCUAGCCAGCAAAAGCAAGCAACAAAGCCAAUCCCAAGAAAGUUGAAAGUAUUUAUUUAUUUAAAUCUAUUCAUUUAUUGUUAUUUCUAGUAUUUAUAUGGAUGCUUAACUGUUAAAGAGGAAUUCUGAGUUGGCCUUUGAUGGGAUAUAGCUUCCAUUUCCCCAGAAAACCGGAUAUGGGGACUCAGCUCAGGCGUUUAUUUUAUAGCUGCUACAUUAGGUUAGUUGUGAGUAAGCAGUGUAUGAGUAUUGGUGACAUUUAUCUUGAUAAAAUUCAUUAUUACGAACAAAAUAUUACUAUUUUCAAUGUAUUUAUUUUUGGGGAUUAUAUUUUAGAUAAAUAUUUUAGUACUUAUGGUUGAACAACUGCAUACCUGAGAUCCCCAUGAUGUCACAAUAGCAAGCAAAUGCAGUUCUGGAUGGAGAAAAGGCAUACUCUGUUUUGUUUCUGAAUCGUCUGAAUAGACUUGAUAUUGACAGUAAUCUACAACGUUAGGGACUUUGUAAUUAUAUAAAUUACAAUAAAUCCCAUAUUCAGCAAUAUAAUAUUUUUCAUGUGUUAUUAUGCUUAUGUUUAGAGCUUGCAAGAAAUGUAUUUCACUGUACUUGUGUAUUUGACAUUAAAACUUAACUUGCUGUGUGUUGCUGUUUAUAAGGUUAGCAAUCGCACCAGUGGGCAUAAAGUUGGCUACAGUCAAACAAGCUGAUGGCUAUCGAGAAUUCAAACAAAAAAUAAAUUAGACAUCAAUUCA